GGACAGUAGUUGGAAUUGAUUGUGCAUUCGUGGCAUUGCAUUUCUGUUGCAUUUCUGAAAUGAUUUCAUGGAACAAACGACCAUCCUCCGGUGAUAAGAAAAGUGCCAAUGUGCCAUGGCUUAUCUUGGGGCUCGGCGAUCCAGUGACGGCGGCCUGAAGAUGCAAGCGGCGCUGAGAAAUUGCUGAGACUUGAGAACUGAUUGUCGAUCUUCGGUCUUGGGAGCGCCGACCGAGCCGAUGGAGCCCACGCAGACAGGAUACCAGAGCAGAGGAGUGGCUCAGAGAGACACAAACUGACACUUGGCUGGCAAAGGCUAAAGCAUUGUGAGCCGCUGGGACCUCACUGGGCCUUCUGGAGCCACUGGAGCCACUGGAGCACGAGCAGGAGGCGUGAGGGGGCUGUGCAGUGACGGCAGUCUGCAAGUCCACGCCGAGCCGACGUUGUGCCACUGGUUGCAUUACCCGAGCCAAAUUUCUAGGUGCCGGAUAUGCCUGGUUUUGGGUAAGUUUAGGUGGAGGAUUGGGAGACACUCUGUGCAGCCACUCUGCCACUCUGCCACUCUGCCACUGUAGCCCGACUGGUCGUGCCAACUGGGCCAACGACUUGUCCUCUCCAUUCUGCCACACACCGCAGCCGCAGCCGCAGGCACUGGCUCUCCUGCACUCCUGGCGCUCGCACCUCUCCAUUCAGUCCUCCCACUUUUACUCUCCCUUCACUCUGUCAAGGCCGUUUGCCCUGUCCGCUUCUCCUACUUUUCCAACCUUCAUCGUCGCUACCACCUGAUCCUCCUUCCAACCCACCUUUCGUUCUUUACAUCGAUCCCCAUCUCUUCCAUCUACCAUCUCAACAACAACACCAUCACCAUCAAAUCCCAAUCCCUCCGACGUUGAUGACAAUUACAUAGCACGGUCCCUCCAGAUUCAGAUCUCGAUUUAGAGGCUUGGGCCGCCCAGACAGGCAGCCGAACUCCACGCGCUAUCCUUCGCUUCCCGACCAUGAGUCUCAACAUGUCCAACAUCAAUACUUCUUUUGAUGAUUACGAUUCAUUUCUCAAUCUCGAUAACGACUUCACCACUCAAGGAACAUCGCCUUCCAUCAAGACUGGCCGCAUGCAAACUCCUCAAUCCACCUCCGCUACAACCUUUGCCUCAACCUCCACUCCUCAAUCCUUCCCUCAGCCAAGCUUCGAUUACACGAGCCACCAUCAACAGACUGGCUUCACCUCUGGUGCUCUAGCCAACACCAUUGCGGUGAACAAAGCCACUGGUCUGCAAUAUUAUGAAGGCAAUGGUGGCUUUAUCAUGCCCACCGAGACCCUGAAUAUCCCCCUCAGCAACUUGGACGAAUUCGACUUUGCUCGACCUGAUAUGGACUUUGAGACUGACUCUCCUAUGCUAUACACCGAACAAUCCUCUGGACAGACACAAUUUGUUAGCCCCAACACUCUUUUGGCCCACGAGAACGCCAUUCCUCAGCGAAUUUACCCUGGCAUGCAUAGCCAACAAGCCGCCCAAGCAAAGGCACAGCAGGCUCAGAAGCAGCAGAUGGCCCUUCAGCAACCCCCUACCCGACCAGACGGCCAGAAGCCUCUCCCAAGUCCUGUCAAGACCCAGCCUAUCAAAGACCCCUUGGUCGAAGAAAGCAUUUCUAAAGUUUUGAGCCGCAUGCGACAAGCCAGUGUGAGCUCAAGUGACAAGGACAUGGAUACCUCUCUCAAUGGCAUGUCCCACAUGGCUCGUAUCAAGAAAGAUGAAGAAGACAUGGAUGAAGACGAGAGGCUGUUGGCCAGCGAGGAAGGCAAGAAGCUUUCAAGUAAGGAGCGACGUCAGCUUCGCAACAAGGUGUCAGCACGUGCAUUCCGUUCGCGACGCAAGGAAUACAUUGGUCAAUUGGAAGGUGAGGUUGCGACCAAGGUCCAAGAAGCCAGCGAACUUCGACAACAGAACGAACAACUUCGUGAAGAGAACAAUCGUUUGACCGAUCUCACACGAAUGCUUCUAUCCUCCCAAGCCUUUUCAGGCUUCUUGCAAGAACUCAGUCAAUCUGGUCUUCCUGCCAACAGCGGUCAAGCCAGCGGCCAACCCGCCAAGCAGGUCAGAUCACAGUCUCAGACCGCAUCCCAGCCUCAACCUCAACCACGUCACAAGGAUGUCAGUGCUCAUGAUGCCUCCCAGCAGAUGCAUUUCCAGCAGCCUCAGAUCGGUAUGACAUUGGUUCCCGAAGUUCCAGUCGAUCUAUCAGCAAUGCAGACUUCCAACGGAUGGAUGGCAACUGUGCCAACCUCGGACUAUCAAGUCUAUGCUGUUACAGAUCUACCACAAGGCCCAGUCCUCGAUCUGGAGAGCCUCAGGGGCAAACCCACGCCUAGCUGUAACAUGGCUAGCCGGAGCAAAGAUAUUCCCCAGCUUGAUCAGACAAACGAAAGCUUGGCAUCAUCUGUGGACAAGGAAGAGCAGGCAGUGGAUGAUAGUGUUGUUCUCGACCCCGAUUCCUUUGCCUUGUACUUCACGACUCCCGUUAAGGUCACAUCAGAGCUUGAAUCCACACCCCCACCCAAGCUUGUUGCUACGUUAUCAGUAACUGAGCAGAUGGCCGAACUGAAUAAGAUGUGCGCAGUUUUAGAUGAAAGCUGUGCACGCCUCGCUACUCAUAUCAUGCACAUGCAAUGAAGGACGGGGCGGAAGGCAACACGGGCGGUCGAGCUUUACUAGUCGGUCGAGAGGGUUUGUUUGAUUUAUUCUAGGACUUGAAUGUACAUUUUGUUCGAACAUGACCUUAAAAUUCGUACUGCAUUAACCAGACUUGAAAAUGCAUGAGAUGUGAAAAGUGACGUUAGUAAUUGGUUACUAUUUAGUUGUUGUGGUGUACGGUGG